AACAAUAAAUAAAUCAAUCGUAGUUAUCGUGGUCGCUCAGGCUAGCCCAACAGUCUUCUGGGGGGGGCGAAUAACAAAGCAAAUUCUGCCUGUUAUUGUCAGGAAUGGGAACAGUUUAUUUUUGGCCCUUCAGAAGUGUUUGAAGUGCACAAAUUAAUAACACUCCACAGUCGUCCAAUAAACAUGAAAGUUAAAACAUCAAAAAGUGCUUCGGCCAAUCGAUUAACUACGCCCUGCAUUACCCUGCUGCUAGUGAUUACGAUAAUUGGCAAAUUCAAUUUGGCACAAGCAGAUGAUUAUGGUUCACUUUUGGGUGCAUGGAGAGUGAACUAUGGCCAUAAUGAAAACUUCAAAGAAUUACGUAUGUGGACCUCGGACAGGGAAACUGUGCCGCUGGUCAUUUACAAUAUAACGCAAACAAAUAACAUGGAUCUUUAUUUUGAAAUUCACAUGGAAAAUCCGAAAAUAGCCCAAGCCAGCAAGCUUAUAAAUAUAACGGAAGUUCAAGAUGGAACAUGGCAAGGGGAUAUACAGGUCGAAGGUAUUCAUUUUGGUUUGACCAAACUGUAUGCAACCCUUUAUGACCCGAGAAGUGGUGGCAAAGAGCGUGGCCCCGAUACUUUAGAGGUUAUGGUGAAACGUAGCAAAAGCGUAAGCGAUGAAACCUUCACAUAUACUGCAGCCUCCAUUGCCCUGCUGAUGUUUGUAAAUCUUGGCACUGUGCUGGAUCUUAAACGUGUAGUGACGAUUUUCAGCCGGCCCAUUGGGCCUUUGGUGGGUUUCUGUGCCCGCUAUAUCAUAAUGCCAGCACUGGCCAUUGGCUUGGGCGCUUUAAUGCUCAGAGAUGAUAAGGGUUUGCAAUUGGCUCUCUUCUUCACGGCAUUGGCGCCCAGCGGUGGCAUUGCCAAUAUCUGCAAUGUCUUUCUGAAGGGCAAUCUGAAUCUUUCGCUGGCCACCACAACAGUGAACUCCAUAUUGGUGCUGGGCAUGCUGCCCAUGUGGGUUUAUCUAGUGGGACCUGCGCUUUAUGAAACCCAGGAGUUUGACUUACCCUUUGUGGACUUGAUUGUGAGUUGUGUUGGCCUUUGCAUGGCCUUGAUAGUGGGAGUUUUACUACGCAUGUUUAUACCCAAGACGACACGAUUCAUCUUUCGUUUCCUCAAACCUCUAUCGAUAAUACUCAGCUUGUGUCUGGUGGGCCUUACAGUGGGCAUUAAUUAUUUUGUCUUUCAAAAAAUGACCUUCAUGAUAUUUCUAUGCUGCUUUUGUCUGCCGGUUCUCGGUUAUGGCCUGUCAUUUGCUUUGUCUAAAUUGCUCUGUCGUACCGCCACCGAUUCCAUGACUAUAUCCAUAGAGACCAGUGUUUUAAAUAUGACAAUGCCCAUUGUCCUGUUGAAAAACACCAUGGAUCAACCCAUGGCUGACAUGCUGAUUGUAGUACCGAUUACAGCGGCCUUAGUGUCUUUGUGCUUGGUAGUGGCAUUCUAUAUAGUAAGACGAAUCUUGGGUUGGAAUACAACCAACGAUUCAGAAUGCUUUGAUGAAAAAGCAUUUUUAAUAGAGGAUUGAAUUGAAUGUAAAAUAAA